UCCUGCUUUUGCUUCAAUCAAAAUCAUCUAAUUGCCACGAAUUAUCAUUCCAUUUAUCACAAUUCCCGCCAGGCUGCACAGGGCCACCACGCACACCGGGCUCAUUUCCGGGUAUCAACCUCCUUAACAACUCUCCUGACCCUCCAAGCAUGGCUGCACCACAGCUGACCGAGGGCACCGUUACGGUGGAAGGCCAAACCCUCUUCUACCGCCAAGCCCAGCCAGCCCAGCAGGCACCAAAGCUGACAGUGCUGCUGCUGCACGGCAUCCGCUUCUCCUCUGAGACCUGGCUGCAGCUACAGACGCUUGCCACACUGGCUGAAAACGGCUACCAAGCUGUGGCUAUCGACCUACCGGGUCUGGGACACUCAAAGGAUGCCAAGGCCCCAGCACCUGUGGGCCAGCUAGCGCCGGGGUCUUUCCUGAAAGCGGUUUUGGAGGCUCUCAGCCUGGGUCCCGCCGUGGUGAUCAGCCCGUCGCUCAGCGGCAUGUACUCGCUGCCCUUCCUCUUCCAGCACAACCACCUGCUGAAGGCUUAUGUGCCUGUGGCACCCAUCUGCACUGAGAAGUUCACAGUGGAGCAGUAUGCACAGAUCAAAGUACGGCCUGGAGGGAGAUCAAGGGAGACCCCCACACUGAUCGUGUAUGGGGACCAGGAUGUGGAGCUAGGGCAGACCAGCCUGAACAACCUGCAGCACCUCCCUAAGCACCAGGUGCUGGUGCUGAAGGGUGCUGGACAUGCCUGCUACCUGGACAAGCCCAACGAGUGGCACCUCAAGCUUCUGGCCUUCCUACAGCAGCUGGAGUGAGCAGGAUGAGCUGUGUGCAGGGGCUCACAGGGCACAAGGAUCUGGCCAGCUCACCCACUCUGCCUUAACACACACACAGGCUUGUGCCAGUCCUGCUGCUUGCCUGGCUUCCAUACUCAACCCUGCCAUGCUGUGCCGGGCCCACUGCUGGCCCCACCACCUGCCUUGGGACCAAAUAAAACAUCAACCUCUGCCACU